ACAACGCCAGGCGCUUCGCACAAUCCCAGACGCAUGAAAUGUCUUCUUCGAAACCAAGUAACUUGGAGCGCGCUAAGUGGAGGAGCACGUGUCGGCAAUUGCUCAGCCAACAUCUUCAAGAACGUUUGGGCUUAAGCAUCCAGCCCAGCAACGUCAGGCUGCAUUCCACUCGUGAAGACGGCUAUGUGUGGCAUUUCAUUCCAGAGGUGCAGCACCUAUUUGCAAAGAACCUCAGCGAGCACUCUUUAAGAGCGUAUAAAGAGCUAUGUGAAGGUGUUGGGAAAACCUUUGAGGCGGCGGUCGCCACCUCGACUGAGCCGCUCACCGGACAGCACGUCUUUUCGAGCUCUACAGAGCCAGAGAGACUCAGUUUCGCCAGUCACAUCGGUGAGCUGCAAGCUCAGAAUGACUUUUUGAGCCAGCAAGUUGAACUUCUCAAGCUUCAGCUAGCCCAGGAAGCGCAAUCACGAAUAAGCGUCACUGAGAAGCUGACUGAAGUUCAAGAGAAGUCAAGAGGUAUGCUUCAGAGAUUAGAAGCAUCAAACCGCCGAGAGCAACGUUCCAGGACUUUGAUAAUCACAUACGCUCAGGGCUUGGCUCAGAUCGCCAAGAUUCUAAAUGCCAUGCAGAGUUGUCCUGGUGUCGUUGAAGAAGGGUCAAACUAAAGAGCUUGCCUUGGUUCAGCCCAUCAGGCUGGAUGUGUCACUGAGUAUUCUAAAAAAAGAAAACAUCAAACCUCAGCGCGCGAUCAUACUCGUGCAUGCCAU